AUGGUAUUACAGAGCAUCAUGUAUGCUUCAGUAAAGCAGUAUAGUAUUACCCGGCAACUGGUUAUGGUGGGUGCAGUUAGUUGCCCCUUAAAAUCUCUUCCCACUGCCAAAGAAGACCAGAAUUAUGGCGAUGGUAAUUGUUCCAAGGCCACUAAUAGUUGUGUUGAUCUUGAUCUGGUUACAGACGCAGCAAAUUGGCUUAGGGGAGUGCUUGAUCUUACCAUCUUUGGCUUCGAUGUUGUUAUUCAGGAAGGCACUUGUGAUCAUGUCAUUGUGGAUGUAAAUUAUCUCCCGCCUUUUAAGGAAGUUCCUAAUGAUAUUGCAAUACCUGCCUUUUGGGAGGCUAUUAAGAAGAAAUUUGAAUUGAAAAGGUCAAAAUAA